GAUCAUUUAUACUGUCACUUCAUUGGACAGUCAUAAUACGCUCUGCACGCUAUUGGAUCAGAAAGGAAAUGUUGGAUUGGCUGGAAGUGGCGUUCGGCUCUGGACCUUGUGUUUUCCUAUUUGUUGAGUUAAGUCGAAUGACGAUAAGAAACUCGAGGCGGUUGGUCGAGAAUAGUUUCUAAGCGCGGCUUAUGAAAGUUAUGUUUAAACUGAAUUGGCGUCGCAGAAAGCGGAAGAUCAUGAGAAAAUGGCAAGCAAUAGGAAGGGCACAGAGAAAAAAUAAGCAAACGAUGCUAAGAAAGUACAAGGGAGAUAUCUGUAAGCCAAAGCCAACCACUUGCCAAACAACCGAGAAGGAGGACGUGGUCGCAUCUAACAGCAAUUCCUUCCUGCAUGAAUCAGUUCCUGUUGGGCUCAUUCCUUUAGCAAAUGUGAAGAAUUUUUUGAAUCCUCUUAAGACUGUGGUUUACUCCAUGUAUUCAUGGUGGCUUAAGAACAUUAGGCAGGGAUUGGAAUUCAUCAAAGAUACUCUAUAUCCUUCACGUGUUUACCUGCGGGAGCUGAAUGCACUUCGGCAACAAAUUGAGUCACUUGAGAUCAAACUAACACGAAUGCAAGAAAUCUUUGAGCACCAUCAGGACCCUAAUACUGCAAAAGCAGCUGAAGGAUGUUGCUGCCGAAAGCAUGCAGAUUCUGUACCAGGACUUAAUAAAAUUCCAGUAUGGCCAGUGCAGCCAAUUGUCAGUCGUGCUCUGCUGAAGAUAUCAGAUGAGGCUCUUCCUCUUCUUCCUCCUCCUCCUCCUCCCCCACCUCCACUACCUCCAGCUUUCCUGCUUGCAGAGAAACCUCUGCAGAUUAAACGGAAAAGCAGAACUGAAAAUCCUCAGCAGACAAUCCAUGAGGAGAUUCGUAAGUCACUAUCCAUAACUACGAAAGAUUUGCUUCAAGUAAAGCUGAAGAGCACUGCAGACAGAUUUGAAGUAACGAAGUUGGAUAACAAGAAGAAGGACGGACCUCCAUUUGUUACAGUAAAAGAUCUGCUUCAUGUGAAGCUGAGAAAGACUCAGAACAAUGUAGAAAAGACGAAGAUGGAUACACCAGGAAAGAAAAGGUCUCCUUUGGUCACACUCUCUGAUCUACAAGGCUUUAAUUUUCAGGGAAAUGCUAAUCAACUACAGAAACCAACAAAAAUGAUGAUCACUCCACAUCGACCUGUUUUGGAUCUUCGGCAGCGUCUAAAGAAAGUAAAUAUAGAAAGGAGCCCGGGUGGAACACCUCUGCACAAGGAAAACAAAGAUACUGCGACGGGAUUGACGCCAGUUAUGACCCAAGCACUAAGACGCAAAUUUGAGAUGGCUCAUCCGAAAAGUCCUCCUGGUGGCUGCUCCUCUUCAAACACCAGCUUUGAUGAGCAAAGUGCUUGCUAACUUUUUACUUAUCAAAUUAUGAAGCAUGUAAAUUCUUUGUUUUCUGUGUAUGAACAUGUAUAUUCAACAAUGUUGAGAUGAAUGGAUUCCACCUGUGCCUUGUCAAUUAUGAAGCAUGUAAAGGUUUCACUUUCUGUAUAUAUAUAUAUAAAUGUGUAUUUUAUGUUGUAGAUCAGAUGGAUUCUAGCCUGUGAAAAUCAUUAUUUCCAGUUGGUCACCUGGCCACCUGUGGUGUAUGUCCUGGAUCUCCAGUUGUUAACUGAUGACAUGGUGUGCACUACUCCAGAGUGCAAGCUGGGACAGAACCUGUUUAUUCUCUAAAGCAACAGUCAAAUGACUUAAUUGUCCUCUUUAGGGAGGGAGAUAACUCUUUUUGGACUCAACCUAUGUUUAUACAGUUGCCAUAGAUUUCAUGGUCUACACCAUCUUCAUAGUUUCGCAUUGACUCUCUAAAAUUCAGAUUUUAGGAGUAUAACUAAAACUUAAGUGUUAAUUUAUUCACUGUUAGUUUUAAUCUAAUUCCCCCGCAUCUUUUAAAAUAUAGGGUCCCAAAGGAAAUGAUAUUAUUUAGGGGUGGUUUAAAACCAAAAACAAUGAUUCCGAGAGCAACUCUUCACUUCUAGCCUUUCAGCUGCAGCCUUUCUCUGUGAAAUCAGAUAUAUCCUUGCAGUUGAGGGUGUUUGAUAUUAAUGAUCCUGAGUUAUGGAACCUAUCUCAUACAAAUUUAGUAGCAAUUAUAAACAACACAACCAAAGCAACAUCUUUAAGCCACAGAACUUUGCAGCAUUGCCAAUUUUGUACACUUAAACUGGGAGGGUGUUAAAAUGAGCACCUUUUGGUAAUUAGUGGGGAUAAAGUAAUCAGAUCUUGGAUUUUCAUUAAUGCUAGGUGUGUGCAAACAAUAACAAAGUGAGAAGAUGAUAAUUUUAUAUUUUCAUUUGGAAAUGUGUUGUUGCACAUGUGAGCUCAAUUUCACAUUUUAACUCGACUUCAGAUGUCCAGGGUGCAUUUUUACACUUGCCACAUGGAAGUGUAGUGCAAAAUCCUCUAUUUUGCUAAUGAAAGCAAACAUACUCCAAGUAUUCAGUAUCAGAAGCUGGAAAAUUCAAUUUUAAAAAGUUUAGUUACUACCUCCACUCAGUUUCUGCAUUGAUGAAUUUCCCUAUUAGCUUGCUCCUGUUUUUAUGUAAUUCUUUGUGGCUAUCAGUAAGUGAGAUAAUUUAGUGUAUUCCGCAGUAAUGAUUAUUCACAAGCUUCAGUAAGAAGGAUCCAAAAAGUGCAUCGGUUACUUAUAAUUGGAGAUGAACAACCAUUUAAUGAAGUUGCCACCAAAAUGAAUUUGAGAAAAGCUAUUGGACUGCAAUAACAUCCAGACAUUUCAGUUGUAUCCAAGUGCUAUGUGCAUCUUGUUCACUUUGUGGGAACUACAAAAUUGACAAGACUGAGAGAACCAAUAAAUCAAAAAGCUUUGCUAUAUAUCUAUUUUGUAAUUGUAGGAAAAGGAAUUGUCUCAAAUGCUGUUGAUAAUGGAGAAUUUGUAAUUUCCUAUUUCUCACUCCUCAUUGAGAUUUAACUGCAGUGAAGGAAAAAAAGCCAGCUAGCUUUGUUAAAAAAUACUUUAUCAUACAGUGAAAACAGUUGUUGAAUGUCAGAUUUCUGCUCACACUGUACCAUUCUGUCAUUGGCUGAGAGCAGCCCUGUGCAACUUAGAUGUGGAAGUGAUAGUGUAUGAUAUACAUCCCAGCCAGAAAUCAAUUUCCAAAUUGAAGCAAAAUACUAUAGAAUUUUAAUGUAUAUAAUACAGCAUUUUGGACAUGAUGGACUUGAAUAUCUGUUACAAAAGUGGUGCUUAAAAUUUCUUCAUUUAAAGGUUACACAUUUUUAUGUAGCUUGUACAAAGAAAAAAAAACAAAUACAUCAAGCCAGUACUGAACAUUGCACUAUUCCCAGUGGGUGGAUGUCAAUUUUAAAUGUUUUAAAAUCUAUAUAGACUGCUUUUUAUCAUUUAUCUAUGUAAUAAAAUUGGGUCUUCAGCCUAUA